AUGUCGCGAUAUAUACAUACGCACGUCCGUAUCUGGCCUCAGGGAUCGUCCACAUCCGCUAGCUCCGCUUCAACCCGCAGCGACGACUCCGCCCAUUCUAGUCACACUCAAAACACCACCCUCACCUCGUAUAGCGACACAAAAUCCACCACCAAGCAUUGCUACAACUGUGGAGAAGCCGAGGUGGCUGUCGAACCCUUUGCCUACGGGGACGAAGAAGACAUCGAUCCCCGAGCGUCGAGCGAGACCUAUGCUUCCACCAUUGCUUCACAGGAAGCAUCCUCGAAAGCACCGAGCCUUUGCCCGCUAGCAAGGCAGAUAUGUUAUGAACCCGACGCCGUUGGCACCACACCUGCCGAGUUUGCACAGCUCUUCCCAUCUACCAGAAGACUUCUCAUCCAGCAUGACGACACCACCCCAGACGGCAACCUGAACCUUCGAGUUGACACCGAGAUGCUUCUCUCCCAGGGCCGGAAGCUGAAGCUGACACUCUUCCACCUGCGCAUGUACGACCUCGAUGAGCGCCAGUUCUCGCUCCGUCGAUAUCAUCGGCAAUCGGGUCGGGAAGUCUGCAGCUCGAGGCGCAAAUAUCUGAAGCCCAUUGCCAAACCAUCGCGGCCAGUCAAGAAGCUGGGUGGUGCUCUCAAUAUCGUCAGUCUCAAGACGCUGGCCGUGAAGCGGAAACCUACCAAAAGCCCUCAUGAGCAGGAGGAUGACGACUCCGAUGACGACCUUGGUCUCUUCACCGCUCAGGCAGACGUGAAGGCCACCAUUCCCACCGAUGCUAUCAGGAUUGAGUUUUCAAAUUAUGCCCAGGUCGAGCUCCAACGUUCCGGCCGGGGAGAGGGCAGUUCGUACGAUUUCGAAUAUUGGGGGGAGAGAUACACCUGGAGACGAAAUGUUUUCCAGGACGGGUCAGAGUCGGUCUUCUCUUUCGAGUUGGUGAACCUGACUACCGGCACUUGCCUGGCUCACCUCACCCCGGACAGAUUAUCGCCAAAGCAGUGCAAGCGGGAAACUGCUCAAGGGUCUUGGGUACCGCCGUGUAGCAUGCGAAUCACGGAGAAGAAAGUGUCGAGCGAUCUCGGCGAUGUGAUCGUCGCCACAGGAUUGAUAGCUCUGAGCGACGAUUGCAUCAGACGACACUGGCAUGAAACUCACCGCUAUUAG